CUGGAACCCACUGCAACGUCAUUAGAAGCGAGGAGGGGGUGCUUACAAUGAUUGUUUUCAGUAUAAAGAAGGUUUGCUUUACUGGGGCCCCAGUCCCUUCUGGUCCCCCUUCAGUCUAACUAUGGCAUGGACAAGAGCAGCGAUGCAAAGCAGAGCUUUUGUUAGAAGUCACAGCUCAGUUUUUGGGUUGCCAGGGAGGAUCGAGUCGCAAUUCCUUUCACCUCUGCACCAGGACUGUGUAGAUUUCAACUAAAUCUCAAACAUGCUGCAGAUUAUGCUGAAAUGUUUCGUUCUCUUCAUCCUCCAAACAGUAUCAGGUGAUGACUGCUCUCUGGAGAUUACCCCCUCAAGAGCAGUGGUGAGGUUUGGAGAAGCAGUGUCGGUCAUCUGUAUGGCGUCCCGGCCUGUGCGUGUGUUAGGAUGGGAAUCAGCCAUCGGGGCGUCAUACACUCAGCGUGACCUUUCAGUCCAGUGGCAAGUGGACAGCUUGAUCGACUGGAUUGAGGAGCCGAUCUGCUACGGAGUUUUCUUCACUGCACCCAGACAGUGUGAAGAGAAGCUCAACCUUGUUCUAUACAAAACUCCAGACAGCAUCUCCAUCAGCUUGGUGAACCACACCGGAGCCAUGGUGGAAGGCAGAGAGUAUCAGCUGCUGUGUGAGGUACAGAACAUCGCACCAGUCCAGUACCUCACGCUGAGAUGGUACAGAGGACAGACUGAAGUUUAUAAUAACACCUUCUCUGAGCUGUCACCUGCCACCCCAGUCCAAGUGUCUUCUACCCUGCUGAUCACACCAAGCAAAGCAGAGGAUGGAGCUCCAUACAGCUGUGAGGCGGCACUGGAACUGGGACUGGAAGGACCUCAACCGUCUCCCAGAGUGAAAUCAGAGCCCCUCAACAUUAACGUUCACUACCCUCCGGACUCGUUCGAACCACAGCAGGAGGUUGUCGAGCUUGAUGACGGCGAUAAGAUCACUUUGAAUUGCUCAGUAGGAGGAAAUCCACCACCUCUGUACAGUUGGAGCUCACUUCACCUGCAGGAGACUGAUGAUAAUCAGGCGCUCUUCACAGCUUCCUCCUCAGGCACUUACACCUGUACUGCGUACAAUUUACUGGGCAAAUCGAGCAAGGAGUUCAUCAUCAAACUCAAAUCCAAAGGUGUUUAGUUUCACUCGUCUUCAUCGUGUUUAAACUGGAUGGAGUUACAGAUGGUAUGUGUGUCUCUGCCUUCUAAAAACAUUACACUUUUCCAGUAGAAGAGAAUGACACUGCAGUGUGUCUGAGCUGCUCUACUGACACUCCGUCCUUUCGGGUGUGAAGACGUCUGACGUCCAAACCUCCCAGAGCCUGUUAUUAUUUUUCCACAUAUAAAUCUUCCAGUUUCCCCUGUGAUGAUCACAUCCCUGAAUAUCUCUAACAUGGUGUCUGUGAUAGAUGAUUUAAUGUCUCAAUAUGUUUAACAUUUUAAAACCUAUUUUUAAAAUAAAAUGAGCACAUGA